AUGGGUAGGAGAGCUACUUCCCAGUCGCAGCAUGCAAGGAGAUCUCAACACAGAGGUGGCAUCAGACCUCAAGCCACCAGAUGUGUUUAUGCAUUGACGAGGGCAGAAGCAGCUAGCUCAGAUGAUUUGAUCUUUGGUACAUGUUUAUUGGGUGGUAGAUCUUGCAUGGUCUUGUUUGACUCGGGAGCGACACACUCAUUUGUGUCAGAUACUUGUACUAGAGAGUUAGGAUUAACAGUGAGAGAGCUACAGUAUGACUUGACUAUAUCUACUCCUACUUUUGGGAUAAUGAAGACAUCUACAGUCUGUGUUAGAUGUUCAGUAGUGGUUGAGGAACGUCAUUACAAGGUAAACUUGAUAUGUUUACCUUUGCAGGGUUUAGAUGUCAUCCUAGGGAUGGAUUGGUUGUCUGCCAAUCGUAUUCUCAUUGAUUGUGGAGAGAAGAAGCUAGUAUUUCCCAAUGAGGAGAAUUACACACCUCUGACUCUUAGUAUGUUGAGACAAGACCUAAUAGAAGGUGCAUGUUGUUUCCUGAUACUAUCACACAUGGAAGUAAAGCAAGGAGAUUCUGACAUGGACCUCUCGGUAGUCAGUGAAUUUUUAGAUGUGUUUCCUGAGGAGAUUCCUGGCUUACCUCCUCCAAGAGAG